GGCUCGCGGCGUCGCCUUGCCCGAUGUCAUGCUGGGUCCUGUCCUUGGAGCGCCGGGCUGUGCCAGGCCGCCGCAGGCAGUGCCAUCGCCCCCAUCCCGGGCCCAACUCGCCGAGGCGCUCCGCGGCGGCCUGGCGCUGGCGACGGCGGCGGCGUGGCGCGGCUCUCGCGGCUACGCGCACUCAUUGGCCUGGCGGCAAGGGAGCGCUGGCCUCGGUCAGGCCACCUAUCGACGUCAAACGUCCCUGGAGUCCGCAGUGCACAGUUUUCGCCACCUGGCCCGGAGGCCGAAAGGCCAGCGGGUUGGGCCCAAAGACGGGAGCGCGGCGCUGGCGCAGCGCUUGGAGGCCUUCGUCCUGCAGGGCCGGCUGGGCCCGGAACAUCUCCGGGCGGUGCUGGUUGCGGCGGUGUACCUGGCGCCUCGCCUGGGAACGCAAGACUCGGCGGCGGUGAUGCGCCUGGCCGCCCGCUGCGGCGUGGCUUUGGGGGAGGUUGAGGCGGAGAGCCGUGACCUGGCGGAGAGCCUUUGGGCGCUGUCGAAGCUGCGGCUGCCACUGCCGGCAGGCGCUUGCACUGAGAUGGAGCGUCGCCUGGACGAGGCGCCCGGCGAGAUGGCGGUGUGCGACCUGAGGAGAUUCGGCUGGGCGCUGGCCGUUGCGGGGCGAAGCGAGGCUCAGCUCUUCAAGAGGAUGGGCGACGAGUUGGUGCGGCGCCAGGAGGAGCUGUCUGCUGCGGAUGUGGCGGGAGUGGCGUUUGCCUGGGCGCGCGCCGGCCAUCGGCACCGCCCGCUGCUGCGGGCGCUCGCCCGCAGGGUGCGGGGCUCAAGGCUGCAGGCGUCGGGCCUGUCGAAGGUGGCGCAGGCAGCAGUGCUGGACGAAGAGCUGGCCGCAGAGCUGCUACCUGAGCUCGCCAGAGAGGCUGCCAGGAAGAUCGAUGAGUUUGAAGCUCAGGACUUGGCGAACCUUCUGCAGGCCCUGGCGCAGACAACAAAGGCAGACGCUGUGGGUGAGUUUCUGGCCGCUGCCUCGCCGAGGUGCAUCGCGUUGUGCCCCCGAGCCAUCCCCAAGGACUUAUGCUGCUUCGCCUGGGCCUUUGCCGUGCUCAAGUCCCCGGCGCCGCUGCCAGCAGUGGCGCAGGCGGCGCGGAGAGCGUUGACGGCUUCGCGCGGCGGCUUCGACGCGCGGUUCCUGAGCGGGCAGCUCUGCUGGGCAUUUGCUGCCGCAGGCGUGGACGAGCCCGAGCUUUUCCGGGCUGUUGCUGAUGUGGUGCUGCCAUCGGUUGGUUGCUAUGGCCCGCGGGACAUCUCGAACUUGGCCUGGUCCUUUGCCACCUUGGGCUACCGGCCCGUGGGCCUGUUCGGCACCUUGGGGCGCAGAGCCUUAGAGACGCUUCAGGGCUUCAACUGCCAGGACGUGGCAACCAUGCUCUGGGCGUAUUCCCACGUGGGCAUCCCGGCGCCCGAGCUCUUCUUCGCCGUGGCGGCGAACCUCCGGCGGUGGCUGCCGAAGUUCAGCCUGCAGGAGCUGUCGAUGAUCGCCUGGGCACUCGACGGCGGUGCGGCUGAUACGCUCGAGGAGGAGUUUUGCGCCAGGCUGGCCCGUCCACCUCUGCUGAUGGGGCAUGAGGCGGCGGCAUAUGCUCGGGACCUGAAAGCGGUGCUGCGGCAGCUCAGGUGGCAACGGCUCCUUGGUUUGGCACAGACAGAGCUGCAGAGGCUCGCGCGCGCCCAAGAUGGAGCUGCCCCAAGACUACGAGGGCUCGGUGCGCUGGGAGCCGACGAUGCGCCGCGGAUUGUCCUCAACUUGGCCGAUCGAGCAGUGCUCUACAAGCCGCCGGGCUGGGAGGUGGAGCCCACGGAGGGCGCGGAGCACCGCCAGCUGCCGGAGUUCGCCCAGAAGGUGCUGGGAGGUCGCAUCAGCCGGGACCCAUUGAGCUGCUUCGGCUUUCUGCACCGACUGGACGUUGCUACUUCUGGACUGGUGCUGAUGGCAAAGAAUUAUGCCGCCUACCACGAUCUUGACCUCCAGCUGCUCUCCGGCGCGAUCAGCCGGGAGUACCUGGUCUGCUGCCACGGGCUGUUCGGAGAGCGGCGCCGCUUAGAUCUGCCGAUCUUCGCACCAAAGGGCGCGCGGAGCCGGCCCAGCCUCGUGGCGGUGCCCGGUGCGCGGAGGUCCCUCAGCGAGGUGAAGGUCUUGGCGCACCUGCAGAGCUCCGGGCGCUGCUUCAGCCUCCUGGUGGUGCGCAUCGCCACCGGCCGCCGCCACCAGAUCCGCGCCCAAGCGUCCCACUGUGGACACCCGGUGGCCUGCGAUGGGCUCUAUGCGGCCGCGGCGACCUUCCAAGCAGACAAGGACUGGUGUGGUGGCACUUUUUUGCAUCGCCAUCGCUUGGCCUUCAAUGAGGGGAAAGCCAGACGAGAAGUGUUCAUGCCUUUGCCUCCCAGGCUGCUGGCAGCCCUGCAGUCGGCCAAGCCGAAGGAUCACAGAUCCCGGCAGCAGCUCCGGAAGCUUCGCCUGAGCUUCGCCGACGCCGCCAGCCUCGCGGGAUAGCGUGCCAGUGGGCCCCAGUGGCCCCAGUGGGCCCCAGUGGCCCCAGUGGCCCCAGUCACCCAUGGGCGCGGCUGAAGCCCCGAAAGCCCGCGGACUGCGACUAGAAGGCCCCAUGUCCACCGCGCCGGGAGCCUCUGUGGCGAGGUCCGCAGCGGGCGCCGACCGGGUGGGAACAGGUGUGCUCGCCAGACCUUGCCGACCACGUGCUGGACGAUGCAGUGCAACGGAGAAGGCUGGACACUGGGACGGCCAACAAGGGCAUGAUGAAGAGAACGCCCGACUCUCUGACUCUGGUGUUUGCUGUGCGGCCGAGUGAGUGUGUGAGAACCCCUCAGUUCCACUGAAACAUCAUCCC